AUGGAGGAUUUCUUCAUCUCAAAGACUGACAUUGCCGAAGAAGCGGCCUUCAUUUUGGCCCGUGAAAGCGCCACCCGACCAACCGACAUGACAGAUGACGAUCAUCAAGAGCUAGACCAGCCCGAAGCAACCGGCUUCCGCUCGGUCCAAGACCCGGCUACGACGCCGUCGAACUCGACACAGGGAUACGGACCGGCGCAUGUGCUAGACCACCAUCCCGACUAUCCCCAUAUGCAUACGAUAGUCUUCCUGCAUGGCAGAGGCAGUGAUGCGGAGGAGUUUGCGGAGGAGUUGAUGGACUCGUCUGUCCUAUCAGACGGGCGGUCGCUGCAGGAGGCGUUACCGGGUUGGCGGUGGGUUUUCCCCGCUGCAAGGCAAGUCUGGAGCGAAGUGUUUAAAGAGUUUAUGCCGAUGUGGUUUGAGUUGAGGGACGGCAGGGAUGGGGAUGGGGAUUCCGAGGGGUUGAAGGAGGCGGUCACACAUGUGAGAGGUAUCCUGCAGGAGGAGAGGACGAGAUUGGGGGACGGCAAGGUGAUUCUGGGGGGCAUAAGUCAAGGGGGAGCGGUCGGCAUGUGGACGGUGCUGUCAUUGAUGGGCGAAGGGAAUGUUGUUGAUGAUCCGGGGAAAUGGCUGGGUGGGUUUGUGGGGAGCAGCACAUGGAUGCCGCUUGGAGAUGAUGCUGAGAAGAUGCUGGAUGGAGAUCAUCACGGCGAUGAGUUUGUGGAACACAUGAUGAGAUCACUUCCUCAGCGACAGUCGACCAUCCCUGCUCUUAUGGGACAUGGCGUUGACGAUGCUUAUGUCGACGUCGACUUAGGACGACAAGCAGCGCGGAUCUUGAGUCGAGUUGGGUGCAGUGUUGAUUGGCGAGAGUACACAGGUGCAGAGCAAGAGGGUCAUUGGUUCAAGGUGCCCGAGCAGAUGGACCACAUCUACGAGUUUCUGAAAAGCCUGGAAGCGCGGUAA